GAGCCUCACUCCUCGGAGCAGCCAUGGCGAAGAUCCGGGUGUCGUACGAGUAUUCGGAGGCGGAGGAUAAGAGCAUCCGUCUGGGCUUGUUCCUGAUCGCCUGCGGGAUCCUGAGCCUCUUCAUCCUCGGCUUCUGUUGGCUGAGCCCGACGCUGCAGAGCCUCCAGAGCAAACCGGCCAACUGCACGGUGGUGUCGGUGCUGCGUCCGGAGGAGAUGUUCGAGUGUGUGUUCACGUGUGGAGCCGACUGCAAAGGGACGUCCCUCUAUCCCUGUCUCCAGAUCUUCGUCAACAACUCGGAGUCCAGCUCGGUGGCUCUGCUGCACUUCGACGAGCAGCAGCUGGUCCUGAACCCGAAGUUGCCAUGA